GGGGAAAUGGAGUGUUGCAAGAGUCAUGGCAUAUAAAAUUGCCAAUACUAGGUAUCCUAGGAAGCCAGUAGAGCCUGACGCAAGGUUCAGUUUUGAUGGUUCCUUGUCAAAGUUCAGCCCAGACAGAGCAGCAAGACCAAGCUAACCCACCCAAUCCCUUCCAGCUACCUUCACAUUCGUUGCUAUAUAGAUACACGUUGAAUCCUAUGCAUCGGAGAACCACUCACCAAUUGUGACCACAUACCGUCAUACACGAGCAGCACUCAAAGCAAAUUUCUCGGCAACAGUUGAUACAAUGAUGGACUCCAUCGAUAACAAGCCAACAUCACAAGAACUCGAGAUGGCGAUUGAACCCGAUACUUCGAAAGCAGUCCUCCCAGCGAUCAUAGUGACCAAUAAGCAGCAGGCACAUAUUCGAAGAAAGUUUGAUAGGCACAUGCUUCCCGUUGUCUGCAUCCUAUACGUUCUUUCAUACCUCGAUCGCGGAAAUAUUGGAAAUGCCAAGACUUCUGGCAUGAUGACGGACCUCAGUCUGUCUGAUAACGACUGGGUUUGGAUUCUGCAAACGUUCUACAUCUGUUAUGUGUUGUUUGAGUGGACACAACUGUUCUGGAAGAUCCUUCCCGCACACAUAUAUGUUGCGGUACUCUGUUUCCUAUGGGGCACAGUGGCUAUGGCGACUGGAGCCACCAAGAACCUCGGAGGUGUGAUUGCUUGUCGAGCAUUCCUAGGCAUUUUUGAGGCAGCAUUCGGUGCCGGAGCGCCUUACUUCUUGUCCCUAUUCUAUCAAAGACGAGAACUUGGAAAGCGGGUAGCUAUUCUUACCGGCAUGUCGCCCUUGGCCAACUGCUUCGCAGCAACCUUGGCUUAUGGAAUUCUCCACAUUCAAGGAUCAAUCGAACCGUGGCGUCUCUUGUUUAUCAUAGAGGGUGCGCCCACGGUUGCGUUCUCUUUCGUCGUGUAUUUCUUCCUGCCAGACUCCCCAAGCUCUGCACGAUUCCUUAGCGAAGAGGAGCAGGGCAACUCACUCACUCGACUCGAGACGGUUGAUCGGACUUCCAAAUCAAAAGUCAGCUGGUCUCAGAUCACUGCUGGAUUGACCGACUAUCAGAACUACGUCCACACACUAAUUCAUUUCGGCUGCAAUUAUUCAUUUGCAAGUCUUUCCAACUUCCUGCCGACGAUAGUAAAAGAUAUGGGAUACUCGUCGCUCAACACACAGGGCGUGAUCGCGCCAGCGUACCUCACUGCCUUCAUGUGCUGUGUGGGCGCUGCCUGGUUCUCGGACAAAUAUGGCAAACGAGGCUAUGUGGUAGCUGGCUUCGCUUCGAUUGGGACGGUCGGCUAUCUACUCCUGGCUGUCAUCCAAGACGGACGACAUGUUGGAGUGAGAUAUGCAGCAAUCUACCUUGCCUGCUGUGGGAUGUUCCCUGCGCUGUCGAUCAACAUGACAUGGCUUCUCAACAAUCAGGGUGGAGAUUCGAAGAGGGGUGCCGGUCUUGCUUUGCUUGCUACAUUUGGACAAUGUAGCUCCUUCGUUGGUAGCGCUUUGUUUCCAUCAACAGACAGCCCAUUCUACGUUCGAGGAUGCGCCACAGGCUGCGCAUUAUCAGGCAUGAUUGUAAUUCUCGCGCUAGGUUUACAUUUCAAGUUGAAGAGCGAGAACCGAAAACGAGACCGACUGUACGGACCUGUUGAUGCUAAUACCGCCGUCGACGUCACUAUUGGAGGGGACAAGAGUACCGCAUUCCGAUACCUUACCUGAGAGCUGUCGCUCGCGCAAUUGGCUUGUCGAUUCAUACUGCGGGUAGGCGGGGGUUGCAAGACAAGGACAUUCGUGUGACAGUAAAUUAUGUAAAGAGAUUGUAACCUAGAUAGCACCUUACAAAGUGUUGUAAUUUUGAGCGCACCACCAUGUCAACGACUGGGGGUUCAGUGGGUUACCCAGAAAACAAAAUGUUGUGGCAUAAACGUCUACGUCCCCUUCUUAGAGGGUGUUCUAGAAAUGGG